GCGCUGAAGAGAAGAGGAAGAAGAAAAGGAACCUCCUAGCUUGCUAACUGCCUUAGCAAUCUUCUGCUUUUGAUAAUGGCGCCUUUAGACCUUGAUAAGUACGUUGAAAUAGCAAGACAUUGCAAAUAUCUGCCGGAAAAUGAUCUAAAGAGACUAUGUGAUUAUGUUUGUGAUUUGCUGCUGGAAGAAUCAAAUGUUCAGCCGGUUGCUACUCCAGUUACUGUAUGUGGAGAUAUUCAUGGUCAAUUUUAUGAUCUUUGUGAGCUCUUCAGAACUGGAGGCCAGGUUCCAGACACUAAUUACAUUUUCAUGGGAGAUUUUGUAGACAGAGGAUAUUAUAGCUUGGAGACGUUUACACACCUGUUAGCUUUAAAAGCAAAGUGGCCUGAUCGCAUCACACUUCUACGAGGAAACCACGAAAGCAGGCAGAUAACACAAGUGUACGGCUUUUAUGAUGAGUGUCAAACAAAAUAUGGAAACGCAAAUGCCUGGCGGUACUGCACAAAAGUGUUUGACAUGCUGACUGUGGCAGCUUUGAUAGAUGAGCAAGUGCUGUGUGUUCACGGUGGUCUUUCACCUGAUAUCAAGACUUUGGACCAGAUCCGAACCAUUGAACGCAACCAGGAGAUUCCCCACAAGGGGGCAUUCUGUGAUCUUGUGUGGUCAGACCCAGAGGAUGUGGACACCUGGGCGAUCAGUCCACGUGGUGCCGGCUGGCUGUUUGGCUCCAAGGUCACCAACGAGUUUGUUCAUAUCAACAACUUGAAGCUCAUCUGCCGUGCACACCAGCUGGUUCAUGAAGGCUACAAGUUCAUGUUUGAUGAGAAGCUGGUAACUGUGUGGUCAGCACCCAAUUACUGCUACCGCUGCGGGAACAUCGCCUCCAUCAUGGUCUUCAAAGAUGUCAACAGACGGGAGCCUAAGCUAUUCCGGGCUGUCCCCGACUCUGAGCGCGUCAUACCUCCCCGAACAACCACCCCGUACUUCCUCUAAUGACAGGAGCAAGUUUUCUCUCUCAGCUCCAUCUUCUGGAGAUCUCAACUUUCAAAAUAUUUAUUGCAACAUAUUUUAAGAAAUUUACAGGAGUAAGAGCUCUUUCUGAUUCUGGAGCAUCUUCAGUAGCAAAGGCUAUAGUUUGUUUGCACCCCUCUCACUUUGUUCUGUCAUAAAGGAGAAAAACUUUUUGUUGCCCAUAAGAAAAACUACUUUUAACUUUCUUUACAUUUUAACCGAGACAAUGUCUACUUUUGAUGUUUAUGUAUCCCAGUGAAGCAAAUAAAGCAUUUAAAUUGAGUGGUAAAUGCCAGUCAUAAAUAAUAAGUAAACUGUCAAGUCAAAGCCACACAAAGUGAAAAGUACAACAAAAUUGUAUUAGAUUCAGCAGCUAAAACAUGAUAAGAGGACUGUAAAAAUAUAUAAGAAUAGACUUAAAAAUCAUGGGGCAAACAUAGAAUGAGUUAGAAGCACAAACCAAAGGAUAGUUCUUACAAGUGAUUUAAAAUGGUCACUGAUGGGACAUGACUUUGUGUGGAAUGGGACACUUUCAGAACUUGGGGGCAGCAACAGAAAGGUCGUCUAUGGUUUUGAGGCAAGAGCGGGUAAAGAAGACCUGAGUGUCCUGUGGGCUGAAUAUGGAAUUAGUAGAUCAGUAAUGUACUGUGUGGCUAAUCCACUGAGGGUUUCAAAAACAACAAGUAGCAUUUUAAAGACAGUUUUGCAUUUCACUAGUAACCAAUGUGAGCCAGAGCAGGAGAGACAUGACAUAUAUUUGAGCUUAUGAUGACUUUUUGAAGACUACCUGUUGGCCUCUUAGCAUGACUAUUUCUUAAAUUAGGAACUAGUGACUGUUAUACACUGUAUACACAGCCAUUGAGCCCAUUCUGCCUUAAGUGCUGGUUUCAUUUUUCAGCCUUAUCUUUAGGUUUCUUUUUUUUUAAAUGUAUUCAUUUCAAAAUAGUGUUACACUGCACACACUUUUUUUAAAAGAAAUGAAGCAUCCACAAGUGUCUGUCUUAAACUGGCUUUUAAUUCAGCAUUUUUCAUCACUGUGUCUAAAGUGUGAAGUGUAACUGCAACAGUGGCAUUUAUAAGCAAUAUCAUUUAUUUAUGAAAUAAACUUUGCAGGUGCAUUUUCUAGAGUAGCUCAGUGCAGUAGUUGUAUUUUUUCCCUGUUUUGUAAUUGAAUAAAACAUGAUUCAUUAA